UUCAUUUUCUUGGGAAAACCACACCCAUAAUUAUACAUAAUCAUAUGCUAAAAAGCUCUUCUAAAUACAUCUUUCAAUGGCAGCUUGAGAUUCUUUCAUAUUUCAUUAUAACAACAAAAAAGAAGAAAGAAGAUGAAAUCCCCUCUCCCCUUCCCACUCAUCAUCCUUUCUCUUCUUCUUCUACUACUAUUUCUUCCCCUCCAAAUCCCACUCUCCUAUGCACAGCUCUCCCCUUCAGAGAAAAGAAUCCUCCUCCAGCUCAAGAGCCUUCUAGAACACCCACAAGUCCUCCAGCAAUGGGACAACGCCACGGACUUCUGCUCCCUCCGACACCCGAGCUCCCUCGUGGUCGCCUGCUCGGGCAACCACGUCACGGAGCUCGUCAUUGUCGGAGACCCCGGGGUGAAAUCCCCCUCCCCGGCGUUGUCCCGGGAGUUCUCCACCGACUCCCUCUUCACCGUCCUCACCAAGCUCUCCUCCCUCAGGAGGCUCUCCUUAGUGGGCCUCGGUCUGAGGGGAGGUUUGUCCGGGAAGAUUUCCCGGUUUUCUGGGCUCGAGUCGCUUAACGCGAGCUCGAACCGGCUCCAGGGGAGCAUCCCACAAUCCAUAGGGAAACUCAAGAGGCUGAAGAGCCUGGUUUUGAGGGACAAUUUGUUGAAUGGGAGUGUCCCAGAUCUGAAGGGUAUGUCCCAACUGGAGGAGCUUGAUUUGGGUGGGAAUUACCUGGGGCCAAACUUCCCUCCAUUGGGCAAAAACCUUUCCAAGAUUGUCCUCAGCAACAACUCAAUUAGAUCUCCAGUCCCAGAACAAAUGUUGAAGAAGAUGAACAGUUUACGAAUUCUCGACCUUUAUUCCAACCAUUUGGUGGGUCCCGUUCCUCCCUCGCUCUUCUCAUUGCCAGCAUUGGAGCACAUGAAUCUUGCAAGAAACCAGUUGAGCGGGGAAAUCCCCGCGACUGUUUCUUGCAGUGGGACCCUCAAAUUCGUCGACAUUUCGAACAAUUUGCUGGUCGGGGAGCUCCCAGGAUGUCUCCUUCAGGCUCCCCGGACAGUUCCUGCAGAGGCUGAUCGCCUGACUGUGAUCAGCCUCUGGAACUGCCUGGGGAACGGGAGCUCCAAGUAUCAGCACAGACUCUCGUUCUGCGCGAAGCAGGCGAUUGCGGUGGAUCCCAAGAAGAAGAAGGGGGAGAUGGGAGAGCCGGCGACGGUGAAGCUUGGGGUGGUCGUCGGCGUGAUUGUCGCCGUUGUGGCGGUGGUUAGCGGCGUUGGGUUGUUGGGAAUUGGUGUUUACAAGAAAGUGAGGGGAAGGAAAAGAGAUGAUGAUGAACAGUAUGAUCGCCGGAGCAGCAGCUUCGCCUUUGACGUUAAUUCCACUAGGCAUUUAGAUGGAAGAGGAAAUUCGAGAAGGCCGAUGAGGAUGGUGUCCAUGGGGUUGCCACCAUAUAAUGUGUUCACCCCGGAGGAAAUGGAGGAGGCAACCAACCAUUUUCAUCCAUCCAAUCUUGUUGGUGUUGGAUCAUCUCACCAGGUGUAUAGAGGAAAGCUUAAAGAUGGAUCAGUGGUCCUAGUCAACUGCCAGACAGUAUUAAUAAAGCAGCAGAAGCAUUAUUAUUCACUUGAACAACACAUUGAUGCAAUCUCAAGGCUGAGGCAUAGGCAUUUGAUGAGUGUGAUUGGACACUCCAUUGUUGCCCCUUCCCAAGACCCCCACUCCCCCACCACCCUCUUCCUCGUCCUCGAACCCGUCCCCGGUGCUUCGCUGCAGGACCACCUCGCCGAUUGGAGGAAGAGGGAUGUUUUGAAAUGGCCACAGAGAAUGGGAAUGGCAAUGGGGAUUGCAAAAGGAAUACAGUAUUUGCAUGCAGGAGGGGUUACUGGCAACCACAUCAAACUUGAAAAUGUGUUGUUGGAUGACACUCUCACUCCUAGACUUUUCAACUACAACAUUUCCCUCCCAUCCAAGAUUGUUUCUGAAAGCCCUCCUAAUGCACAAGAUCAGAACAUCAGUGCAAGAGUUGGAGAAGAAGAUGACAUAUAUCAACUAGGAGUGAUUCUGAUUGAAGUAAUUAUUGGUAGACCAAUCACAUCGCAAGCUGAAGUGCAAGACCUCAAACUACAGGUAGAGACUUGCUUAGCAGAAUCCCCGGGAAAACUACGCGAUCUAACAGACCCUUGCAUAAGAGGGACAUUCGCGUACGAAUCGCUCAAAACGACCGUCCAGAUCGCAUUGAACUGUCUCAGUGAAGAACGGAGCAAGCGCCCGUCCAUUGAGGAUGUUCUUUGGCACCUUCAGUACUCAUUUCAGGUUCAAGAAGGAUGGGGUAGCAGUGGAAACCUCAGUGGAAGCCUAAGUGGGAACCUCGUUAAGAAGCUAAGUGGAAACCUUGGAGCUAAACUAUAUUAGCCAUUUUCAGACAGAAUCGUGUUAGGGGCACUCCACCUUUCAAACAUUGGGCUAUUGGUGGGGUGCCCCUAGCAUGAUUCUUUCACAAACAUUUUGGGUAUGGUUUUGUUUAUCACAAUUCAGUAGCUAGCUGAAUAAUUUGUGUUGCAACACAUCAUAUGUUUCAGGCUAUUAUCAAUCAAUUCUUUUGAGAUUUUCUGAGAUUCAAUGACUGGUGUUCUUUCAUAUUUUUUUUGUAAAUAAAUACUGUAUGUAUUU